CCUGCCACUGUAACCUGCACGCCCGCCGCUGCCGCUUCAACAUGGAGCUGUACAAGCUGUCGGGCCGGAGGAGCGGCGGCGUCUGCCUCAACUGCCGUCACAACACAGCGGGACGCCACUGCCACUACUGCAAGGAGGGUUACUACAGGGACAUGACCAAGUCCAUCUCUCACCGCAGAGCCUGCAAAGCAUGUGAUUGUCAUCCGGUCGGAGCGGCGGGGAAGACGUGUAACCAGACGACGGGCCAGUGUCCCUGCAAGGACGGAGUGACGGGAAUCACCUGCAACCGAUGUGCCAAAGGUUACCAGCAGAGCCGCUCGCCCAUCGCUCCCUGCAUCAAGAUCCCAGUUGCAUCUCCCACAGCGACGUACAGCAGCUACGAGGAGCCGUCAG